AUGUGUGCUCGUGGCAGGAGGCGUUCACGUGGUUCGGGCGCAGCUCCCACGCAGCCUUGGGCUGCCUUCAAUGAUACAUUGCGUUUGGCAGACAGCUGGUUUCUUUGCUUGAAGAAUAUAAGAACUUUUUUGUCGGCAUGUUGUGAAAUAUUUGGGAUGAAGAAAAGUGAACUUUUUGAAGCAUUUGAUUUGUUUGAUGUGAGAGAUUUUGGAAAGGUCAUAGAAACACUCUCAAAACUUUCUCGCACUCCUAUAGCAAUAGGCACAGGAAUAAGGCCCUUCCCUACAGAAGAAAGCGUUGAUGAUGAAGAUAUCUACAAAGGUCUUCCUGAUCUAUUAGAUGAAACUGGUGUAGAAGAAGACGAGGAGUUAUACGAUUGUGUCUAUGGAGAAGAUGAAGGUGGGGAGGUAUAUGAAGACCUAAUGAAAGAUGAAGCAGCACAGCCACCUAAAUAUACUGAAAAUGACAUAAGGAGCUGUUGUCUUGCUGAAAUAAAGCAAACUGAAGAGAAGUAUACUGAAACACUGGAAUCAAUAGAAAAAUUUUUCAUGGUGCCAUUGAAAAGGUUUCUGUCAGCAUCAGAGUUUGAUACUGUUUUCAUCAACAUUCCUGAUUUGGUGAAAAUUCACAGAAGUCUAACACAGGACAUCAAUGAUUCCAUUGUUAACAAAAAUGAUCAGAACCUGUAUCAGAUUUUUAUUAACUACAAGGAAAGAUUGGUUAUUUAUGGACAGUACUGCAGUCAAGUGGAGAUAGCAAUAUCGUGCUUAGACAACAUCUCUAAGACGAAAGAAGAUGUUAAGUUGAAGUUAGAGGAAUGUUCCAAGAGGGCCAAUAACGGGAAAUUUACAUUGCGGGAUCUCUUAGUGGUUCCGAUGCAGAGAGUGCUGAAAUAUCACCUACUGCUCCAGGAGCUGGUAAAACAUACUACUGAUCCUGCAGAGAAGGCAAAUCUAAAACUGGCACUUGAUGCAAUGAAGGACUUGGCUCAAUAUGUAAAUGAAGUGAAGAGAGAUAAUGAAACACUCCGUGAAAUUAAACAAUUUCAACUGUCAAUAGAGAAUUUGAACCAUUCCCUGUUACAGUAUGGAAGGCCACAAGGUGAUGGGGAAAUAAGGAUAACUACAUUAGACAAACGUGCAAGGCAAGACAGGCAUAUCUUCUUGUUUGAUCUAGCUGUAAUUGUUUGCAAACGAAGAGGUGAUAAUUAUGAAAUGAAGGAAAUAAUAGAUCUUCAGAAAUACAAAAUUACAAAUAACCCCACUACUGAUAAAGAAAAUAAAAAGUGGUCUUAUGGCUUCUACCUCAUUCAUAUCCAAGGUCAAAAUGGAUUAGAAGUUUAUUGCAAAACUAAAGAUUUGAAGAAAAAGUGGCUCGAACAAUUUCAGAUGGCCCUGUCAAACAUAAGGCCGGACUAUGCAGAUACAAGCUUUCAUGAGUUCAAAAUGCAUACCUUUAGUCGUGUGACAUCUUGCAAAGUCUGUCAAAUGCUUCUGAGGGGAACGUUUUAUCAAGGCUAUUUAUGUUCUAAGUGUGGAGCUGGAGCACACAAAGAAUGUUUAGGGAGAUUAGACAAUUGUGGCAGAGCUAAUUCAGGUGAACACGGGAACCUGAAACACGAGAAACGAACGAAUGGAAUUAGAAGAAACUCUAGGCACGUGGACCCAGGUUUACCAAAAAUGCAAGUCAUUCGAAACUACGAUGGAAUACCACAGCCAGCUCCACAGGAUGGCCCACCAUUGCACAUCCAGAUUGGGGACACUGUUGAACUCAUCCGAGCUGAUGCACAUAGCUUGUUUUGGCAGGGCAGAAAUCUAACGACAGGAGAGCUUGGCUUCUUCCCAAGUGAUGCUGUAAAACCUAGCCCAUGUGUGCCUAAGCCAGUAGACUACUCUUCCCAGCUCUGGUUUGCAGGAGCAAUGGAAAGAUUGCAAGCAGAGAGUGAACUUAUUAACAGAGUAAAUAGCACUUACCUGGUGCGGCACAGGACCAAAGAGUCAGGAGAAUAUGCAAUUAGCAUUAAGUACAAUAACGAAGUGAAGCACAUCAAGAUUUUAACAAGAGAUGGCUAUUUUCACAUUGCAGAAAAUAGAAAAUUUAAAAAUUUAAUGGAGCUCAUAGAAUACUACAAGCACCACUCUCUCAAAGAAGGUUUUCGAAGUUUGGAUACUACUCUUCAAUUUCCAUACAAAGAAUCUGAAAACUCAGUGGGGCAAAGGAGUAACAGAGCGGGUGGCAGCUUGCUAAGCCCAAAGGUAAUAGGCAUUGCCAUAGCCAGGUAUGACUUCUGUGCAAGAGACAUGAGAGAGCUGUCCUUAUUGAAAGGGGAUGUUGUAAAAAUUUAUACAAAGAUGAGUGCGAAUGGCUGGUGGAGAGGUGAAGUAAAUGGAAGGGUGGGCUGGUUUCCAUCAACUUAUGUUGAAGAGGAUGAAUGAAUUAAAAACUUUCCUCUACUGACCAGCAAUUUCAGGGAUUAUAGAAUUUAAUAUCUGCAAAGUAUUAUUGGUCUUGUUAAGUAUUUAAACAGCAGCAUUUUUGUCUGUGUGAACCUUUCAGUCUUAGUGCUGGGAUUUCUACAGAAGUUUGCGCUGACAGAUUAUUACCUUACCCAGAGCUGUGCAAGAAACAACCUGCCAGUUUGCCAUCGCUGGGGAUCAGUACAAAGUCCAACCCUUGCCUUCCCAGAAGAUCUCUGGGAAACAAAUUUCUUUCUGCUCCUUUUCAUUUCACCCUGUAGUACGCCAUGAAUACUAGCUAUGGCUGAAUGUUUAAUAAACCUCUUUCUUCUAGCUAACAUCUGUGAUGGUACGAGGAGAUGAAGGCUUAUUUUUCCUUAUCACUGCAUGCAGAAAAUGGAGUUCAGUCAUUCCAGUGUGCAUAAAGUGUAGUCGGUAGACUUGUCUGGAAACAUCAAACUACCUUACUUAUCACCUUAUAAACAGUUUUACACUCCCAAAAACAUUCUGAAGGAAAUGUAAAUAUGAGUAGCAUUCAUGCAUAUAUAAUUAGUUAACUAACUUCUUUGAGGACCUGCCUAAAUUUUGUAAGGAUUUGUUUAAAGACAGCAUUUUAAAAAGGUGUAGUGAUGUGGUAUUGCUUGAAAGAGCAUCCACAAAGUGGAAUUGUGGGAUUCUUUCUUUGUCAUCCCAAAGCUUUUUUGUGCAUGUUUCUUUUCGUGUGAGCAGCUGACGGUGAAAGUGCAACUGAGGAUAUUCAUGGCAAGAUGUGUUUUAAAAAGCUCUAGCAUCUAGAUGCUAAGCUCUAGCGUUAAAUAAAUAUUGUAGUCCUGUUCUGUAACAGAGUAUACUAGUGCAGCAUCAGAGUGGCUAUGAAUAUUGGUAGGAUUUAACUUUGCAGCAAGAGUUUAGUUAGCAGCUUUUUUCAGGUGUUAACCAGAAAAAAGUUCUGUUUGUUCCUAUGAGUGUAUUGGAUCUGCAGGUUCUGAAGAAGCAAAUGGUGAAAGGUAUUUGUAGAAAAAGUAAGAUUUCUUUUUUAAUUACAUGUAUUAAUGUAGGCAAGGUGAUGUCACUUCUCAAGUGUAAAACUGUAUUUCGUAUUUUAAGCCCUUCAUUGAUUCAGAUGAACUUUUGGAUGCUUUCAAUUGUAAGCUGUCUUUUCUUAGACAGGACUUUCUAUCACCUUUUGUGCACUUAUAAGGUAAUGCACAGGCAACCUGCAGGGUUUUGUUGUGUCCUUUCCUCUCUCCUUCCUUUUGACAUUAAUGGAAAUCCAAUGAGUGAGUGGUCUUGUUGCAGUGCUACAAAUAUCCCUAAGGAAAAAUCUGUGUCCAGGCUAGCUAGCUUUAAACCAGCAGGGCUCGUAAAGCUGUUUCCCCACCUUGGUGAGGCAGAGUUUUAAUACACGUGAAACGUCACAACUGCUGUAGUUACGAGCUAAAAUAAAUGUGGGUGAUGUCUUCAGAUGUGCAGUUUCUAAUAUUUAGAUGUUUUCUAACUCAACUUAUGAGAAACCAAAAAGCUUCUAACUGAAUUUUUCCUCUAGGACAAUGUUUUCCAACAUGACCAAUCAAGAAAGCAAAUUCAUCCUAGCCCAUGUCCUCUCUGUUGCUUUUCCCUUCUCCUUUUCACAUAGGCGUCUUGCCAUUUGUGUGCAUAGACACUGUGUGGGUUAGCACUGCCAUUUUUUCCCACUCUGCAAGCAGAAUAAGGUCCACUCUCCUUCCGCAGAGCAGAAUCUGUGCUGAUACGUAUUUUGGCUUCCUUUUGACUGUUGCCAACAUUUCUUGCUUCUUCUGGCCAUGGGGAAGAUCUAAGCACAGCCCAGAGGAUUCACAGCAAUCCGCUCCUCUCUGCAACCUUCUCGUCCACUGGCUGCACCCAGCGUACGCUGCUGUGUGACAGAGUGACAGAGGGGACCUGCUACUUAGAAGUCUUCCACUUGUGGGUGAGAUUCAGCCUUGCAGAUGAAACUCUGCUGAUGUCUAAUGUUUCACGGAUUUACCUCAAAAUUAUGUAAACUGUGAUUGUGUUGAGUACGUUACUUGAUGGAACAGUUCAGAGCAUUUGUAAAUAUGUAGAUUAUGCAUAAAACAUAUUUUGUAAAUGAUGUGUACAGCAGUGUAGACUGGGGUAUACUGUCUCUGAUCAUGUUUUCCCAUGCAGUUUUAUUGGCUUUUGUGGGCCUGGUCUCAUCUCCUUAAGCAGACAGAGUUGAUUCUUUCACAGUUUUGCCUGCUUAAGGGGUAGAGAAUUAGGCCUUGGGUCUGUGAAGUGCUUAGUGCUUUGCUAUCAUAUAGUUCUGAGAAGAAGCAGUUUAAUUCAAUACAAAUUAAGAAAUGCUUUGGUCAUUUUGAGCAGCUUGUUUUUAGAAUCAUCCUAAAGUUGUUGUAAAGCUUUUUAAGCAGUUCCUGAGUCCAGCAGUCAACCUUGGGAAAGAAUGAAAGGCAUAGCUAAAGUUACUUUUAUGGUAUUCCUACACAUCGUUGUCUGUGCUGUGCCCUGUAUUGAUUGAGUUAAUGCUGCAUCUUAAACUAUAUUUUGAGUACCAAAGAUUUACUAAAUAUUCUGGAGUGUCUCUUUCAUGUGCUGUUUUUGCCUGUAUGGAGGAUUUAUUGUCAUGUGAAGAUGGAGUUACAGUACUUAAAUUUGUAAUAUUAUGUAAAUAUGUUAAAUAAAAUAAACUGAUUACUUUUUUGUUUAAUAGCACGUGUCAAAAUGUGUGUUUGGCUAGUAUGAAGGUUCUGCUUUGUUUCUCUGAGCCCCUUCUCACUGCGAACGGGAGUUGAUAAGGUUCUGUUUUGGUUUUCCCACAUUUCUAUAAUCCUUGUGUAACUAUGAGACUGAGCUGUCAUCUGUCACUGUAAAUGGGACAGUAUAGCUCUUCUUGAGAGCUUUUUAUUGUUAGAU